UUUAUUUAUUUUUGUUCCAGCAUCAAUUAAAAAGUUCAUUUGUUUUUGAACUGAUCAAAGACCCAGGAACUCACUACAAGCUUUUAAAGGGAAUCAGCCCUUGUGCCCGACCAAGAACAUUGCACAGACUGCCCAUCUGGGGACGCUGACAAAAAAGUAACAUCACAAAAGUAACAAGUCAACAUCGGAACUUAGAACUAUCAACAAAUAUGUCAGCUGUAAGAAAAAUGAACAGUCCUCAGUGGAAGAAUUUCCAGCCGCCCGCACAGGAUCCUGCCAUUCUAUCCUAUCAGCAAGGUUCAAACAUUGUUAGUCCUAUACUAUCACCUACUUCACCUACCAGUACAAGCAACAUCCGAGAAACUGGAUUGAUAGAGAAACUACUACACUCAUAUGGAUUCAUUCAAUGUUGUGACAGGGAGGCAAGACUGUUUUUUCACUUCAGUGAAUAUGCCGGCGACAUCAACACAGUAAAAAUUGGAGAUGCUGUUGAAUUCCAGAUGAGCUGUGACCGCAGAACAGGACGUCCCAUUGCAUGUUCUAUAGGUAGAAUAGAUAAGGACGAGGUAUCAUUUGAGGUGCUGAGCGAGGAGAGGUUUACAGGAUCUAUUGUGCAGGAAGCAAGACCAGUUAAGAACAAAAAUGGUUGUGUUAAUGGACAAGCUGAUGGUCUAGGAAGAGUAACAUAUGAACACAAUGGCGAAUGGUUCUUUUUACCAUAUGGACUUGAAGAUGUAGUUGAAACUGGAAAUGCGUUUAAGAUCAAAAGCGGAGACACUGUCACAUUCUACAUAGCUACAGACAAAAGAAAUGCAAACAUACAUGCGAGGAAAUUAGAGUUGAUGUCAGUCCCUGCAGUACAAUCACGAUGUCAGGGUGUGGUUUGCUCAAUGAAAGACUCCUUUGGCUUUAUAGAGCGAGCAGAUAUGGUCAAAGAAAUCUUUUUCCACUACAGUGAAUUCAAAGGAGACAUCAACGAGCUAAUACUUGGGGAUGAUGUUGAUUUUGAAGUACAAACUAGAAACGGUAAAGAAGUGGCAGUGAAUAUUUCUAGUCUUCCAGAAGGUACCGUAAUAUUUGAGGAUAUUGGUUUAGAUAAGAUUGUCGGCAAAGUUAUCAAGACUCUGAAAAAUGGUCGCAGACAAAGUGAUCCCCUGGGAGGUAGAAUCAACUUUGAGGGUCCAAAAGGAUUAACAGAGAUGCCUUUUGGGGACAAAGAUCAGAUAGGAGACUACACCCUUUGUCAGGGAGAUCUGGUGGAAUUCAAAGUGGCCACAGACCGACGAGACAAACUCCAGCGUGCUACAUCUAUCUGUCUACUGGAGAAGGAAACAUUUGAACAGAACAAAGAGAAAAGGGAGACGGGUGUGAUUGUAAGCCUGAAGGACGGCUAUGGCUUCAUUCACUGUGCAGAGAGGGACUCCCGCAUGUUCUUUCACUUUAGUGAAAUGUUAAGUGGAGAUAAAGAAGUGAAACCACAAGAGGAAGUUGAAUUUACUGUGACUCAGGACCUUUCUACUCCGGAUCGAUUGAUGGCCAUUCGUAUCAAAUAUCUCCCUAAAGGCAGUGUCAACUUCACACAUGUCCGUCCAGAGAAAUACAUAGGCACCAUUGAACGUGAGCCUGCUUUAAACACAAGUCCAACCAAGAACAAAGAUUCAGACUGUGGGAACAUAAUUUUCGACUUUGAAGGAACAAUCCAGCAGGUCCCGUAUCAACUGAAGGACCUUGUUGACCCGAGGUCCCCUCCCAGAUAUGGUGACAAGGUGGAGUUUAACCUUGCAGAGAUCAAGAGGAACAACUCUAGAGGUGCUGUGAAUGUGAGGGUACUUUUCAGAAAUGUGGCCAGUAAAUGCUUGGGAUUUGUUGCAACACUCAAAGAGAACUAUGGUUUUAUCGAAAGUGCUGAUCAUGAGAAAGAAAUCUUCUUUCAUUUUAGCUCUUUUGAUGGAGAUCCCACAGAACUGGACCUGGCUGAUGAGGUAGAGUAUGCUGUCACCAGGAAAAAUGCCAAAGUGAGUGCUGAAAAUAUCCGCAGAGUACCUAAGGGAACAAUUCCUGUGGAAGAGAUCUUGCGAGACCAGGGUGUACUUAAGGGAAAGAUUGUCCGACCAAUGAGAAUUGUCAACCCAGAACAGGAGGAAUACUGCGGCCUUGUUCAGGUGGACCCUGCAGAUGAGGGUGCCAAGCCAGUCUGCUAUCCUUAUGGUAUCACUAGUCUAGCUGACAAGCGAGACUUCCUGCAAACUGCAGAUGCUGUCAAGUUUCAGUUGGCUGUUGGUAAAAAUGGAGCCACUCGAGCUGUUAACAUUGCAGCAGUCCGCAAGUACAUUCGUGCCAGGGUGGAUUCUGUAAAAGGACAGUUUGGCUUCAUCAACUAUGAGGCAGCAGAGGAAGGAAAGAAGCUUUUUUUCCACAUGACAGAGGUCCAUGAUGGGGUGGACAUUCAAGCUGGGGAUGAAGUAGAAUUUGUUGUCGUACAAAAUCAGCGCAACAAGAAAUAUUCAGCUUGUAGUGUAAGGAAGAUAACGAGUCGACAGCGUCCUGAACGUCUGGUGAGUAGACUGAAGAGUAUCAAUGAUGAUAUGAUCAGUCCUCGCAUGGUCGCUCUUCGACAGCCAAAAGGUCCCGAUGGAACAGGGGGAUUUGCACCGCGCAUUCCACGUCAGCCAACUGUGUAGCUUUGCAUUUAUCCUGCUUCAUCACAUCUGUCGCCGACAAUUUGAGAAAUCAAAACAAAACAAAAAAUGCCACAAAAAAAAAAGACAAUCUCCACCCAACUCCUUCUCCUCAGUUAAUUAAUAUUUUCUUUUAAAGAGAAUGGAUUUGAAAUAUCAUUUACUAUUACCUGUAAAAAAUCUGUAUUUUCUUCCACAAGUGUUAUGAUUUUAAGGAAAAAUUAUCCUGGACUUUCCACUUCCUUCAUAUUUUCUGUCAAUUUAUUAGGAAUGUUACCAGGUGAAUAAGAAUUUUUGCUAAAUAGAGGAAAAAUGGUGUUUUUCAAGACAUUUACAAAUAUGAUACACAUUUUGAUGACAAAAAUUUAUUUUCUUUUGGAAAUCUGUUACAAUAUACUACAAAGCAAAUGAAAAACAUUUAUAAUCGGACCAAAAGUGUUUUGUUGAAUGUCAGCUUUGUUCUAAAAUAUUGUUACAUGUUUAAUAGAGAAACACUGUUGAUUAUAUUAUUAUUCUGAAAAGAUAUAAUUUAUAGAUUUAUUUAUUUUACAAGCAUGAAUUCUACAACCUGUUAAUGUUCAUUAACAUCAUUAUUCUAUCCUCGAUAUCUGCGCGAUAUCUCUAUAGCUAUAAUUGCAAGUGAGUGAAUGUGUCUGAUCAAAUGACUGAAAGUAUGGAUGGAUAUUUUUUUAUUGUGAAACAUCAGUACAAGUAAAGCUAGAACAAUGUGUAUUAAUGUACAACCCAAAUGUAUUUGGCCCAUGGAAAUGUUGCAAAAAGUCUUUAAUUACAAAUGAUAUUGCAUGUUAAAAUAAGAAUUACUGGUAGCGUUAUGAACAAAACAUGAAAAUGGCAUUAUAUUGAGUGAAAUUUUUCAAGCAUACUGAACAUUUGCUUUAUGCCACAUAUGUGAUAUCAUAGUCAUCUAUAAUUGAAGGAUGACACAAAGUUCAUUUUGUAGCCGUUAUUCAUUAGUUUUCAUCAUUACACAUUAGAGAUCACGCUACAAAAAAAAAAAAAGGAAAAAAAAAAGAAAAGGUUGUCUUUUUUCGUUAAUGAACUGAAAGGAUUCAUUAUCCACAUUUUCAACAUUGGUAUGUGUUGUAGUAUGCUGUACCAUGUUGCCAAAAUGUCUUGUGUUCUGGGCUGUCAUUUGACUCUGUCGGAAUCGUGCAUGCUGUAAAACAGGCUUCAAUACUAGAGGAAAAAGUUUGUUACAUGUAUGUAAAUGAUGAGACAUUUGAUUGGUCAUUGAUAAAACUAUGAUCACUGUAACUAUGUGAUUGUCAUUGGUAUAACUUUGGUCACAUUCACUAUGGUGACUGAACGUGAAGUUUGCCUCAUACAGAGAGCAGUCUGAAUGCUUUGGUAAUCCAGGAACAAAAAAAAAAAAAUAAAGGAAAAAAAUUCAAAAACCAA